AUGGAGCCCGACUCGGUGAUUGAGGACAAGACCAUCGAGCUCAUGUGUUCUGUGCCAAGGUCUUUGUGGCUAGGCUGCGCCAGCCUGGUAGAGAGCAUGUGCGCACUGAGUUGCCUGCAGAGCAUGCCCAGUGUCAGAUGUCUCCAGAACACUUCAGUUAUGGAGGAUCAAAAUGAAGAUGAGUCCCCAAAGAAAAGUACUCUUUGGCAGAUAAGUAAUGGAACAUCAUCAGUGAUCGUCUCCAGAAAGAGGCCAUCAGAAGGAAACUAUCAAAAAGAAAAAGACUUGUGUAUUAAAUAUUUUGACCAGUGGUCUGAAUCAGAUCAAGUGGAAUUUGUGGAACACCUUAUUUCACGAAUGUGUCAUUACCAGCAUGGACAUAUUAACUCUUACCUGAAGCCCAUGUUGCAGCGGGACUUUAUUACCGCUUUACCAGAGCAAGGCUUAGAUCACAUAGCGGAAAACAUUCUUUCCUACCUGGACGCCAGGUCUCUGUGUGCAGCAGAGCUGGUGUGUAAGGAGUGGCAGCGAGUGAUCUCUGAGGGAAUGCUUUGGAAGAAGCUGAUUGAACGAAUGGUGCGCACUGACCCUCUGUGGAAGGGACUUUCAGAAAGAAGAGGGUGGGAUCAGUACCUGUUUAAAAACAGACCAACAGAUGGCCCUCCCAAUUCAUUUUAUAGGUCAUUAUACCCAAAGAUUAUCCAGGAUAUAGAGACUAUAGAGUCUAACUGGCGGUGUGGGAGGCACAACCUGCAGCGGAUCCAGUGCCGCUCUGAGAACAGCAAAGGCGUCUACUGCUUACAGUACGACGACGAGAAGAUCAUCAGCGGCCUGCGAGACAACUCCAUUAAGAUUUGGGAUAAAACCAGCUUGGAAUGUUUGAAAGUGUUAACGGGCCACACUGGCUCUGUCCUUUGUCUCCAGUAUGAUGAACGUGUCAUUGUGACUGGCUCUUCAGACUCCACAGUGAGAGUCUGGGAUGUGAACACAGGUGAAGUUCUGAACACACUGAUCCACCACAACGAGGCUGUGCUCCACCUGCGCUUCAGCAACGGGCUGAUGGUGACCUGCUCCAAGGACCGCUCCAUCGCCGUGUGGGACAUGGCCUCUGCCACCGACAUCACUCUGCGCCGCGUCCUCGUCGGCCACCGGGCCGCCGUCAACGUGGUGGACUUUGACGAUAAGUACAUAGUGUCUGCCUCUGGUGACAGGACCAUCAAAGUCUGGAGCACGAGCACCUGUGAAUUUGUUCGCACUCUGAAUGGGCACAAGCGAGGCAUUGCCUGUCUCCAGUACAGGGAUCGGCUGGUUGUUAGCGGAUCAUCAGACAACACCAUAAGGCUGUGGGAUAUUGAAUGUGGCGCCUGUUUAAGAGUCCUCGAGGGACAUGAAGAAUUGGUCCGAUGCAUCCGGUUUGAUAACAAGAGGAUUGUCAGUGGGGCCUAUGAUGGGAAAAUCAAAGUUUGGGACUUGCAAGCUGCUCUCGACCCCCGAGCCCCAGCAAGCACGUUGUGUCUGCGCACAUUGGUGGAACAUUCUGGACGUGUGUUUCGGCUACAGUUUGAUGAAUUUCAGAUCAUCAGCAGCUCGCACGAUGACACGAUUUUGAUUUGGGAUUUCUUAAAUGUGCCUCCCAGUGCCCAGAAUGAGACCCGUUCUCCCUCCAGAACAUACACUUACAUCUCCAGAUAA